AUGUCUGGGGACCCCAGAGUAAGCAAAGGUGCCAGGUGUGAGAGCACAGAGGAAUAUGAUUAUGAUUACCUCAGCAUCAAUAAAACCUGGGUCCUCACCCCCAAGGCGCAGGAGACCGAUGCUACGCAGAUCCUCAACUCUCUGCUGAAGAACUAUGACAACAAGCUGAGGCCUGACAUUGGCAUCAAGCCCACGUUUAUCGAUGUGGAUAUCUACGUGAACAGCAUCGGGCCAGUGUCUGUCAUUCAGAUGGAAUACACGAUUGAUAUCUUCUUUGCUCAGACCUGGUAUGACCGGCGUCUGCGUUUCAACAGCACCUUGAAGGCCCUCACGCUGAACACCAACAUGGUGAGCCGCAUCUGGAUCCCAGAUACCUUUUUUAGGAACUCCAAGCGGGCUGAUUCCCAUUGGAUAACCACUCCUAAUCAGCUCCUCCGCAUCUGGAAUGACGGAAAAGUGCUCUACACGCUCAGGCUGACGAUCGAGGCUGAAUGUCUGCUCCAGCUGCAGAAUUUCCCAAUGGACACUCACUCCUGCCCUUUGGUUUUUUCCAGUUACGGCUACCCACGGGAGGAGAUUGUCUAUCGCUGGAGACGCUACUCCAUCGAGGUCUCCGACCAGCGCACCUGGAGGCUCUACCAGUUUGACUUCACGGGGCUGAGGAACACCUCGGAAGUUCUCAGGACUGGGGCAGGGGAGUACAUGGUGAUGACAGUUUCUUUUGACCUAAGUAGACGUAUGGGUUAUUUUGCCAUUCAGACCUACAUUCCCUGCAUCCUGACUGUUGUUCUUUCCUGGGUUUCCUUCUGGAUCAAGAGAGACUCUACACCAGCCAGGACAUCUCUGGGUAUCACGACUGUGCUAACAAUGACCACCCUGAGUACCAUCUCCCGCAAGCACCUUCCCCGUGUUUCCUAUAUCACAGCCAUGGACCUCUUUGUCUCUGUGUGCUUCAUCUUCGUCUUUGCAGCUCUCAUGGAGUACGCUACGCUCAACUACCUGGUGGGAAACAAGAAACCACUUGAGCACAACAACAGGAAAGCCAGACUGCCGCCUGCUGGUGCACAGGUGAUGCCAUCCUUUACCACCAUCAACAUCAACAACAUCAUGCACUGGCCCCCAGAGAUAGAGGAGGAUGAUGAUGAAGACCCUGGCUCCCCGUGCCUGGAAGGAAAGGAAUGCGAGAGGUUCUUCUGCUGCAUUGAGGACUGUCAGACAGGAAUGUGGCGGGAGGGGAGGGUCCGCAUUCACAUCUCCCGCCUGGACUCCUACUCUCGCGUCUUCUUCCCCACUGCCUUCCUGCUCUUCAACAUUGUCUAUUGGAUUGCCUAUCUCUAUCUCUAGCUGUUCUUUGUCCUCAGCUGGAACGGACCAGAGACCAGCAAGACGGGCUUCUCAAGAAGCAUAGAGAACAGAAUCUCUUUGUUGUAGUCGACUGUUGGUCUGAACGAUCCAACCUGGUGAUUCCCUCUUCCCGCUCUCUCAUCUCUUCUGAGAAGAACCAGAAAGCUUUUUUGUAGCCUUCUAACAUAUCUUUUUAGAGAAUCUACCCUUCCCAAACAACCCCCUCU